GUGAGGGGUUUAAGAACAAACUCAAGGUUGGAUGGUUUUCAAGGGGUUUUUGUUGAUCAGACAAUAGCCCAAGUCUCUAGGGUAUUUGUUUUGCUUGAUUUUCAAACCAGAAAAAAAUGACUACAAUAAGAGUCGAAAGGGUGUUCUUCUAAUAUCCACUCAAGCGUUCUGAUCUUGGGUGUUUGCAAAUAUCAAGGAGUCCAGUUGCAUUUUAUCUAAUGACUUUUUCUUAUAGGAGUGAUUAUCUAAGACAUGGUGUUGCAAAAGAGGUUAAACUAUGGUUUUAAUGGCUAUCAAGUGCCUGUCAUUCCAAGAGCUUCAAGGUCAGCUAGGGGGAGGGGCACAAUCAAGAAGAAACCUGGUAGCAGCCAAAUACAAGCCUUUGAAAUCUUGGCUAGUGUAGCUGGCAAUUUCUUACAAGAGAAUGGGAAUUCUAGUUAUGACAAUGUUGCACCUACGAAAGAUCCUCAUGUUUUUGCUAAUAAUAACAUAAAGGACAAAAAUAAGGAUAAAGAGGAAUCAUUUAAGGGAGACUUGUUUGAGCAUGGAAGUUGCAGUGAAAUUACCUCUACUUGUAUCCCUAGCAUGCAAGGGAAACAUGACAACCAUAGAGUCAUGGGUGAUUCAUCUUUUUUUGGAAAUCAUCUUGAAGGCCAAGGACAAAAUGUCCUUGAGAGGGAAGAUGAAAAGGUAAAAGGGAGAAGUGUGAGUGGGUUAAUAGAACUUGACCAAAAAGUAUCUACAGAUCCCAUUUCAGAAAAUAAUGUGGAGAAAAAGCCUUUAUUAAAUGGUCGUAGGCUUCUUGAUUCUUUUCCUAAUGGUUCCACUGCUAGGAAGUUAGUUAAUAGAGAUGAUGACGAAAACUUUGUAAGAUGCACUCAACUAAAGUCCAAGAAUAAGAUAUCUGUCACACAACCAGAUACGCCUAAAUUGAAGGAUGCAAUUCCUUUUAUGAGUGAUAAGAAUUGUCAUAGUAGGGACAAUUCUGAGCUUGAAAAUUUACAAAAGAUGUAUCCAUUUAAGAAGAGAAAGUUCUUCAACCAAACAUCAUCUUCUACAUCUGAUAGGGGGUCCCAAUGUCAAGGCAUGUAUGAUUCUUCUGAUACCAAGGUUAAUGGCAUGAACCAUGUAAAUGAAGAAUCAUCCUCGGUAUUUGGUCAUCAGGUGCAUUCUGGGUCUAGGGGUCGUAAUGUGAAGCUUAGCAUUAAAUCCUUCAAAGUUCCGGAGCUUUUUAUUGAUAUGCCUGAAACUGCAACUAUUGGUUCGCUUAAAAGGACAGUUAUGGAGGCUGUGACAACAAUACUUGGAGAUGAACUACGUGUGGGCAUCUUUUUCCAAGGAAAGAAAGUCCGAGAUGAUAACAAAACUUUGAUCCAAACUGGGAUUUCUCAAGAUGACAAACGUCAUAGAUUGGGAUUCAUGUUGGAGCCAAGACAUACUCCAACUUCUCCAUCUUCAUACAAUGAUGACUCUUGUUUUCUAACCACUAGUUCACAACAAAAAUUAUCCAGGCAAUCAACAUCUUUAAUGUCACAACAAGGAACAUACAAUGUAUCCCAAGAACGUUCUAUGAUCAAAAUUGAAAAUUGUGUUGAGGGUGAUCUUAAUUUGAUCUCCUCUGUAGAAGAAAAUACAUUAGCUAAUAAUAACAUGUCAAAGUGUCGUGCUCUAGUGGCGGUUCCUGCCAUUAACAUGGAGGCAUUAGCUGUGGUUCCGUUUCGACGCAAAUCUGGGAAUCCUGACUUUGCACAACGCCGAAUUAGAAGGCCAUUCUCUGUUCUAGAAGUAGAAGCAUUGGUUCAAGCAGUUGAAAAACUUGGAACUGGAAGGUGGCGUGAUGUCAAGCAACGUGCCUUUGACAAUGCAAAACAUCGAACUUAUGUUGAUUUGAAGGAUAAAUGGAAGACAUUAGUGCACACUGCUAGAAUCUCCCCUCAGCAAAGGAGGGGAGAACCUGUUCCUCAAGAGCUUCUGGAUAGGGUCUUAGCUGCUCAUGCCUAUUGGUCUCAACAACAAUGUAAACAUCAACUUAAACCACUGUGAGGCGAUUUCAAUUAUUGAAGGAUGCAAAAAAAAAAAAAAACAAGUACAUUGCUAUUAAGUACAGUUUCUAGAGUAAAAUAGUGUAGUUAUGAUAAAAGUUGAUAGUAUAAACAUUUACAUAAUAUACUCAAGCAAAUGUGUUCCCUAAGCCUAAUAAUGGUUUGGUUAUUUGUAAAUGAUUUGUUUGACCUAAAGGGGAUAUGGUGUCACUUGUACCAUCCUAUUUGGUUGAUUGUUGGUAUGCUAUCAAAUGCAAACUAGAAUAAUGAAUAAUGUAUAGAAGUUAAAUCUCUUAGAAUUUAUUUUUGGUUAUCUUCAUUGUUACAAGCUAUUACAAUGACA